CUAGCUGCAAGAGCCUUCUGAUUGAUGGGAGUUGCGGCUGGCUGGCAUUUUAUUCCUGACCUCCUAUAAUGGACAAGGGGAAUUCGAGAUCAGUGGAAUGUUGUGGAUGACCAAAGACCUUGAGAAGCCAGCAGUCUGCAUAAUCUCAGCACCCUGGCCAGGGGAUCCUUCUGGUCACCCCACUGCCCAGCCUUUCCCUGCCUAACCUAACAUCCCAUAGAUGUUUACCUUGAGUUCCCAAACACCUGUCUGUCCAAUCUGGUCAUGCAAAUAACCUUCCGACACUGAGGAAUCAAGAGAACUUUAAACAGAAAAGGAACAGGAUUGGAUGAAAAGAACUGUGAACGGACUGUAAUAUGCUAAAAUGAUGAGUGAUGGAAGGGUAUUGGCCUGAUUGUCUAAGGACAUAUUUCACAUAUUAAGGAGGAGCAGCACUUAAAAAUGGAAGAAAAAGGACCUUUUGUUUAGUAGUCACUUUAGUAAUUCAUCUUGCAUAACAGCUUACAUGAUUGCAUUUUAGCAAACACCAUCUUGAGAACCCCCAUUGAAGUACUUAGAAAAAAUGGAGCCGCAUGAAACAACAGUUGGCCAAAAAUGCACCAAGGAGCAACGGGAAAAACACCUCUUACAAAGAAAAUGGGUCUCUGAGCCCUCUGCUGGAACAAAAAGAAGUACUUUUGCAGAUCCAGAUGUUAAAAGACACUCCCAUCGUGAGCAAAGUCAUACAAGUGGGACAAGCCUGGCUAGUUCAACUCAAAAGUUUAGCUCUGGAAAGCUACUGUCAUCUCCACAGUCAUCACAAGAAUGUCAGUUUCAACAGGUCUACCCUGUGCCUUACUCUUACCAGUUGCCACAUUCAUACCCACAGGAGCCUUUUCUAGGUGGUAUAAAGCCACAGCCUGGGUUAGAGAGCCAUACCUGGUCUUUCUCUGGUCAACUACAGUCUCUACCACCAGAUGAUAUGUUUCCAGUACAGUCCCGCUCACACGGAGUCUUUCCACGUCAGAAGUCUCCAGCUGCUUUUGGACAGUUUUCACAAUCUGAGCAGCCAGAUGAAAUUCAUAAGAAGGAACAAAAACCCAAGAAGCCAGGAAAGUACAUAUGUCACUACUGUGGCAGGGCAUGUGCUAAACCCAGUGUGCUUAAAAAACACAUCCGGUCCCACACAGGGGAGCGUCCCUAUCCCUGUGUUCCCUGUGGCUUCUCAUUCAAAACCAAGAGCAAUUUGUAUAAACAUAGAAAAUCUCAUGCCCAUGCUAUCAAAGCAGGACUUGUUCCUUUUUCUGAGCUAGCAACUCGCACUGACACUGAUCAAGCAUAUUCAAUUGGAGAGGCAGAGGCACACUCUGAUGGUGAACAAAGCACUGACACUGAUGAAGAGACUGCAGAAGGUGCGAUGUUCCCUGAAAGACAUAGCCCACAAAUAUCAUUUAAGUCUGAAAAGAGACCAAUGGAAAGGGGACCCGCAUAUGCAGAUCCAGCAGAGGAACUACCUGUGGCUUCUAUGAAAGUGCCUAUUUUAAUUGUUCCAAAACAAGGGAUACCAUCAACAGCCACAGAGUGUCCCCAUUUCACAGAAAUUAAAGGCUCACUUAUUGGUGGACAGAUGGACAGAGGAGAUGAGUCUCAUACAGUUAAAAGGGGACUUGCCUUAAGACUCACUGAGAAAAAGGACCAAGACUCAGAGCAGUCUCAAAAUCUCUUGAGCCCCCACAGCAAAGGUAGCACAGAUUCUGGUUAUUUUUCCCGCUCAGAGAGUGCUGAACAGCAGAUCAGUCCACCGAACACCAAUGCAAAAUCAUAUGAAGAGAUAAUGUUUGGAAGAACUUGGUACCACAGAACUAACUCCAGAAGUAGACAAUCCAUCACAGUUAAGAUGGCAACUAUUGCCAAUCAAGACACUAAUAUAAAUAUCAACAAAUCUAGUGCCAUGCAGGAGUUAGCUAUGGGAAAGAUAUCAGAGGGUCGUGUAUUUUAUCAAAGUGAUUGUGCAGAAUCAAAAUUAGUUGCUGGCUGUGACCCAAAGCAGUAUCACACUGGCUCUUGUCAAACUAAUGCAGGUCUUCUGGAAGCACCCUCUGAUUCUGGGCCACUUAUUAGGAGCAACUCAAUGCCAACACCUUCCCCAACCAAUCUCAAUGUCCCACCAAGUCUAAGAGGGAGUCACUCAUUUGAUGAGAUGAUGACACAAGAUGAUGUCUUUUACACAGGAGCUGCUGGUCUGAAGCGGUUGCAGAGACAGGGUGCUUUUGAUGGUCCUGUGAUGCCAGAAUUAAAAAGUGGUACAAAAGAGUUUGCCACAAGAAAACGGCGGCUGAAAAAGAGUGUUGGUGAAGAGGAAGAUUGCCUUGAACAAGAUAAUGGUAGUCGAAGUGGUUCUGUUGAAAUGGCGGGGGAUUAUGAACUAAGACAAGGAAGUCAAGAUUCUACAGUGGCUGCUCCUAGUAAGGGAUCAAUGUUUAAAGCACAUAGCCCAUCAGACAGUUUUGACAGAAGCCCAAGUAUGACUCCAGAAGACGUGGUACUGGUUCAAGAUUCAGACACAAAGACUGCUGGUAAUGUAAUAUCUGUGAUUCAACAUACAAAUUCGCUAAGCAGACCAAACUCAUUUGAGAAGACUGAAUCAAUUGAACAUCCAUUUUAUCAGCCAGAUAAGCAUACUGGUCAUCUUUCUGAGCAAUCAGACACAGAAAACAUAGAUGAUGUGCAGAGCCCUGAUUCUCAUCAUAGAUCAGAAAGCAGCAUGGAACAUCAGCAGCAGGGAAGCAAUGAACAUGGAUCUUUCUCUUCUAACCUAUUGUAUCAUAUGCCCCACAAACUUGUACGACAACCCAACAUUCAAGUGCCUGAAAUUAGAGUUACAGAAGAGCCUGAUAAACCAGAAAAAGAACCUAAGGUACAAGUGAAAGAACCAGAGAAGCAUAUUGAGGAAUUUCAGUGGCCACAAAGGAGUGAGACAUUGUCCCAGCUUCCUGCAGAGAAGCUGCCCCCAAAGAAGAAACGCCUGCGUCUUGCAGAUAUGGAGCAUUCUUCUGGGGAGUCAAGCUUUGAGUCCACUUGCACUAGCCUUUCAAGAAGCCCUAGUCAAGAAAGUAACUUAUCCCAUAGCUCAAGUUUCUCAGUGUCAUUUGACAGAGAGGAAAGCAUAAAAUCUGUGUCCCCAACUAAGCAAGAAGACUUUGGUAAGCAGUCUGAGUUCUUAACUGUUCCUGGCAGUGGCCAUUCUCUGUCUAUACCAGGCCAUCAUCAAAGAGAGAUGAGACGCUCUUCAUCAGAGCAAGCACCCUGUGCUUUACCCACUGAAGUACCAGAAAUCCGUAGUAAAUCAUUUGAUUAUGGAAGUCUUUCAACUGGUUCAAGACAAGGAGAAGUAUAUGCAAGUGCUUCAGCCAUGAAGGAGCGUAGACGGGGUUACCUGGUUAGACAGGCAUCCCUCAGUGUCUAUCCUGAAGUUGUGGUUCAAGAGACAAACUCAGAGUUAAAUAUCAAACAAGAGCAUUCUGACCACAUUUCCCAAGCUGCUUUAAUCGGUACAUCCUAUUGUGUUACCAGUGACUUAGUAAGACCCAGAAGAGGUACACAGCCAGUUCUUGGAUCACAUCACUUGCUGCAACAGAGCAUCAGUGAAGACAGCCUAUCAGAAGAUAAUUUCCAGAAUUCUCCUCGUUUGCCUGGUCAACUUUCAUCUGAUAGUGAACAUUCAGUGCAUGAGCACAUGAGCCAGGACAUAAUUAAACACUCUACUCUUCAGAGCAACCUGACAUCCUCAACCUUCUUACCAUUUCAGCCUAUGCUUUGGCAUCCUGAAUCAGCACAAAGACACAAGCACCACCUGGCUUUCCAGACACAUCAAUUACAGAAACUACAUAUCAAACAGACAAAUCUACAGCCCAUGCUACAGAAGCCACAGAAGCCACAUCAACCUCCUUUCCAGAUUCAGGUGCAAACAGACUCAAAAACCGAUGGGGCAAGUCAUACAUAUCCAUAUCCCUCAAGAGCCUCCCCACAGCAACUUGGGGUCUUGUCAUCCAAAGUGCUUACUACAAACUUCAUACAACAAGUUCAACCUAUCUUUGCUACUCAAAAUGCAGGUUCACAGCCAUCACUCCCUGGAAUGUUGGUCCCAGUCAGGAUCCAGACAAAUGUUCCAUCUUAUGGUAGUGUUAUGUAUACAAGUGUUUCACAAAUCCUUGUUACUCAUGCUCAAAGUUCAACGUCUAUCAGAGUUAUAUGCACGGACAAUGCUUCUACUGCUUCACAAACAGGCACCACAUCAAAGCACCAAGUAGGGGUUAAUUUAUCCAAAAUUUUAGGACAUUCAGAAGGGUCCUUACAUUUUCCACUAUGGAAAGUUCCUGAAUAUUUACCUGGGACCCUUAAUACAGGAAUCCCUCUGUCUUUGAAAUCAGGAACUAUCUCUACUACAGAUGCUUCCUCUAGUAUUGGGGGAGGUAAGAGAAUGUUGUCACCAGCCAGCAGUCUUGAGUUCUUUAUUGAAACCAAACAACAGAAACGUGUCAAGGAGGAAAAGAUGUAUGGCCAGAUAGUGAAAGAGCUUAGUGCAGUUGAGCUGAGCAAUUCCAAUACACCAAAAGAUGAUGGUAAGUCCCCCAAACCUGAAUUUUCAAAGAGAGAUGACUCAAUAGAUGAACAAGAGAGGAUGUCCUUGUCUCCACCCACUGAUUGUUUAUCCUCUAAAUUCAUUGGCUAUACCACUCGUUUACCUGAUGUACCACCAAAAGACAGCUUCAUCCCACCUCUGCAAAUCAUUACAAAUGUGGCCAAUAGAGCAGAUUCCCCAGAAGAGCUUGAUGUAGAUGAGUCCACCCCAGAGGAAAGCUUAAGCCCACAGUCAGUAAACUCAAGUGACACUCAAGAGGAAUCCAAGCAGACUAUGGACAAUAAAUUCCCAGUAAACAUGUUAGUGCAAACUGCUGCCAAUCAGGGUGGUGGAGUUUUGGGUAGCACUCUUCUGCUCACUGAUCUGGCAGAUGUCCAUCAAUUUUUUCAAUUUCCAAGUCUCCGCACGCCAACCAGUGUCAGCUGGUGCUUCCUAAAUUAUACCAAGCCAAAUUAUGCACAGACAACUCCCUUAACCUCUGUGUAUGGUUCUUGGUGUGUCAGCUCGUAUAACCCCAACCCACUCAACCUCAACACCAAGGCCACCCUUGCACUUCUUCGCUCCAAACAGAGGAAGAAUACAGAGACAUAUACAAUGGCUGCUAUGCAUCAACCUGGCACCGGAAAACUUGUUUCAUCCCUGAGAUGGAAACAGAAUAUUGAGCAGUUAAAGCCAGAGCUUAUACAGUUGGAUGUUGGAAAGUUUGGGAAGAAAAUCAAGGGAAUCAACUCGAGAGAGAGGGGAAAAGAUGACCAUGGAGAGAAAGAAGCUUCUUCAAAGCAGGCUGAACCCACUCGCAUCAAAAUAUUUGAAGGAGGGUACAAAUCCAAUGAGGACUAUGUUUAUGUGCGUGGCCGAGGCCGGGGAAAGUACAUCUGUGAGGAAUGUGGGAUCCGCUGUAAAAAGCCAAGCAUGCUAAAGAAACAUAUUCGCACACACACAGAUGUCAGGCCAUAUGUCUGCAAGUUCUGCAACUUUGCUUUUAAAACAAAAGGAAACCUUACCAAACACAUGAAGUCAAAAGCUCACAUGAAAAAGUGCUUAGAGCUCGGAGUGUCAGUGUCAUCUGUGGAUGAGGCUGAGGCAGAAGAACCAGACACCACUGAGGAGUUCCAAAGAGCAUCGGAGAAGAUUAGCAUGUCAGAGAUAAUGGCAGAGCACCAAUUCUCUGAUGCUGAUGACUCAGAGGGACCUGAGGAGGAUGGUGAUGAUGUUGAUGAAGAUGAGGAUGAUGAUGACGAGUAUGACGGUGAUUCAACACCCAAGACACGGUCUCGAAGCACAAGUCCACAGCCAUGUGCCAUCCCAUCACUCUCCAUCACUGCAGUGGCUGCUUCACAGGAAUCCAUCCCAGAGUCUCUAGGCCCUGCCUCUAGGCAGCCUCUUUUCACUUAUUUUACUAGUCUGCCCAGUAUUCAGAUUACCCAACUCAUGGCACCCAGUGAGAAAGCUGGAGAGGCCCAGAUGGCAGAAUACCAGAAACUACUUCAAGGGGCUCUGCGUGAAGAUUACAAAAACAGACUGGAUGUGCCUAGCUCCAUGGAUGAGGACCUGACUCAUUCUCCAGAACACAGCUCAUCCUCCUUUGACUUUUCCCCCUCCCGUUUGUCUUCACCAGGCUGUGAUUCCUCCCCUCUUCGAGAAUGUUCACCUUCCUCUAGGAGGUACCUGUCCCCUCGCAGGGACCUCUCCCCACGUGGUCGUUUGUCACCGAGGCGAGAACCAUCUCCCCUUAGGCAUAUCUCCCCAAGACGGGAUGUUUAUAGAAGGGAUCUGUCACCGAGGAGGGACCUUUCUCCAAGGGGGCAUCUCUCCCCCAUCUCCCAGACAGGACGGCCAACGUCCCCAGGAAGAGAUCUCUCAGACAGACUCUCUCCCAGAAGCCGCCACAGGGGCAUGAUCAGACCUGUGUCCCCCAGGAGGGGUAUCCUUUAUCAAAGUGGCCCACAUGCAGAGAUGAUGUCAUUAAGCCAAAAGACCAAGAGCCAUCCAGAAUUAGAGAUGGACCAGAGAAAGACACCUAAUUUCCAAGGAGAUGCUCGCAAUACAGAUGCCUCAGACAUCCACCAGGGAUUAUUUAGCCACCUUCCCCUGCACUCCCAGCAACAAAUCCGUACACCAUUUUCCAUGAUACCCAUUGGCGGCAUCCAGAUGGUCCAUUCUAUGCCCACUUCUGUCACAGGCCUUUCCCACCCCACUCGACUUCCCCUGCAGAAGAGCACCUCAGAAGAGUCUUGCACCAGUGAGGCAUCCUUCCACAUUUCCGAGGGCAGAGGGGCUAGUAGCAGAGGCCCAGAAGACUCACUCCAACCCCAAGAGAAGUCUGUGUCCCCCAAGGAUCCUUCACCUUCCUCACAAAAUUCAAGAGAGGACAGAGCAGACAUGUCUGACAAGGAGAGUAAGCAAGAAGAGUGCAUCCACACAUGCACUAAGGCAAUUGCCUCUCUCUGUAUUGCCUCAGAGGAAACUCCUGAAAAAUCAUCAGUUCCCAUCGAUCCUUUCAAUCAGCACACAUUAUCUCAUUCACCCACGGCUCAGCAAGAGAGUGCUCCAACCAGAGCGCAGCACUAUUGCAGCUCUGAGAUAACUCACCCCUUGCGCUCCAGGACAGAGAGCAGUAUGUCUGCUUUAUCAAAAGACUCCCACAGUUAGCCAUCCCGCUCUCUACAAUACAGAGGCGGCAGAGAGAGCGUCUGGCCAACGAGGCUGUGGAGAGAGGCCAGCGAUGAUAAAAAAGGUAAAGAUUUAAAAGACACUAUAAACAACAGGUGAACAAUGCCGAGGGAGAAUGGUAUAUUAUGUUCACACAUUUUAUAUUCACACACACACAUGCACACACACACACACACACACACACAAAACCAGUCUUUAACAAGUGAACUGAUUAAAUAUUCAAUGGUUUCAAUGUACAUUAAUAGCAUGCCUUUUAUAACAUGGUUUGCUAUUUCAGCUAUAAUUACGUUCUUAUUUAAAGUUUCAAAGAUUAUACAUACAUAUACAUAUAGGUUAACUUAUAUAUGAGCCUGACCAAAAUUGCUUAUGGACUUUGUCUGGUACUUAUAAAUGUACAGAUGUGCGUGCCUUUUCUUUACUUUUUGCUUAUAUACUUAUAAGCAUUAAACAGGAAGACAUGUAAAUAUAUCAAGUUUUGUGUAUCCGCUUUGUAAUAAAUGCAGUUUACCGUCGUCUUUUUGGACACAUAGGUCUGAAUGAUGUGAAGAAUCAAUACAUGUAAGGUUGCACUAAAACAUAUUUUUAUAUGAGUGAAAUUAAAUGGCUUUUGUGUACAGCAGCAAUUCUAUAAUACUAUUUAUUUUAUCAUGUUUCAUAAAUUGUAAAUUUUUCUUAAUGUUGUGGAUGCAUUUUCUAUGUAAAGCAUGGGUUUUGCUAUUGCAUAAUUAUAGCUAAAAUUAUGUACAUGUAAUAUGGCUUUAUAUAUUAGAUAUGUGCAUAUACUUCUCAGUAAACUCACUUUUACUUAGAAUUCUAUAUAAUUUAAGUAAAUGUUUAUAUACUUAGUAAAUAGAAAAAACAAUAUAUCUGCACAUGUUUAGAUUGACAUCCACAUACAGUAUGGUAGUUGGUUCUAAGUGCUUGUACCCUUCUCUUUCCUAUUGGGUGGUAGGCUACACUAGUUGUGAUUUCACUGUUCACAUUUUACAUGUAGAACUGUUAAGCAUUAAGUGAAUUGACUUUCGCACUUCUGCAUUUCCUCCAGAGCUUACUGAGGUAGAUGUGAAAGGUAUUUUGAGCUUCUGUGAAUUAUUUUGCUUGAAGUACUUGACUGGUUGAUUAGUAUGGGGAACAUUCCAAAAGAUGUAAAUAUUGGAUGCCUACGGUUCUGUACACACAGCCAUACAUAUUCAAACAUUGAAGGAGUUUGUCAUGGGCCAUGUCAUCAGUCCACAAACACUUUUAUAGUUGUACAAACAUAAACUCCAGUACUGAGAACUCCUUAAAUGCACCUUAUGUUUUCUAAACCUAAUCCCAAAUUAUAUCACUUUAGGAAGUGGGAUUGAAAAUACUGAUGUUUAUUGUUUUUGUUUUCAAAUUUGAAAAAAAAAAGAAAAGGAAAAAAAAAAAAGUUUAAGCAACCUAACUAAACUGGAGUAUGGAGCCAGUGCACUCUUGUGUGUAUAUCUGUAUUUUGUACUGUGUCUAUAUGAUCUAUGUAAUUUACUCCUUUGACAUUUUUGUCGGUAGUAUCUGCUAUUCACUUAACUGUAUUAACAUGUCUUUAAAACCUAAGGUAUCAAAAGCACAAAUCAUUGUAUUGAAACAAACAAAAAAGAAUAAAAUAGAAACAAUAAAACAAUAAUAAAAAAGGUUAACAUUGUGAUGUUCAGUGGAAAAACAAUAAUAUGUACAACCCCUAAUAUGUUUUGACAAUGAAUCACAGCACAGGUGAAAAAAUGUAGAUUGCUGUUUUCAAAUAAAUACAAUUAUGUUAAA